AUGUCUUCUUGGCUCUUGCUGUACAUCAUAGUCCUGGCCCUUGCCAGCAGCUCGACAGCCUACACCAUCUCAGAUUGCAGUGCCUUGGUCUCCUUCUACCAGGCCAUGACCGUCAACACCAAGUGGACCACCUCGACCGGCUGGGUGACGACGGAUGACUGCUGCUCGUGGUAUGGAGUCACGUGCUCGUACUCCACAAGGAAUGGCACUGGGUUCGGCCCUUGGGUGUCUGCGUUGCAGCUGCCGAACAACCAGCUGUCAGGGUACCUCCCUUCCUCCUUCAGCCUCCUCUCUCGCCUUGAGCGCCUGGACCUCUCGCACAACAAGGUCAAGGGAGACAUCUCAGUACUGCUGCAGAUGAAGGCAUCUUCUGUGUGCAUCGACACGGCAACGAGCCAGAUACCCGACACCGUAUUCGAGUCAGCCUGCAACUCCGACCUCAACUGCCUCGGGGGCGUGUGCAGUGUGGUGGGAGGGUUGAAGGAGAUUCGGCUAUCAGAUAACAUGCUCAACGGGACUAUUGGAGAGGAGAUAUCCAACUUGUUCAAGACUCUGACGAUCUUGGACCUGAGCGCAAAUGAGCUGACUGGGCCCAUCCCCGCAAUGAUCGGGACGCUGACGCAGCUAGUCGAGCUGAACCUCUACUACAACCAGCUCAGGUUGUCAAACUCCAGCGGGCCGAUACCGGAGAUGAUUGGAAUGCUGGUCAAGUUGAAAUACUUGAAUGUCGCCUUCAACCUCCUCAACGGAACCCUCCCCUCCCAGAAUCUUCCCCCUGUCUGA